CUCCGUCAAGCCCCACACCCUUCGCACUGGACUAAGAACAGUCCGGCUUCACUCGAGGAAUCUAUCCUUGCUGGCUGCGUGGGAGGGCGGCUCCUGAGUGUGUGGUGAUGAGAACAGGCUUGUCUGGUCCAAAUCCAGCCCUCCCCCAGCUCCGGGGGUGGGUCCUAACUGCCUCUAAGGGUCAGUGUUCUGACUCCGCUCCUGGUAGCUGGCCUGGGGCAAAACCUGGCAGUUUGCUAACACCCGGGUUUAACUUUCUCCCCUCAUUUGUGGCAGAUGAGUGUACGCUUCACCCACCUCUCUCUAUACCCAUUUAUAUCCACAGGGUCAGUGAAGACACCUUUCCCCGUUCUUUAGUAAAACAGUGCCUCCAAACAGAGAGCUCUUGCUCUAGCAGGUAGAAGUCUCUCCUUGCUCUGUUUAUUUGCUGGAAAGAUUCCCACUGACUGUCCACCGUGUUCAGUCUCCCUAGUGAGCUGUCUGCCUGUGGCAGGAGUGCUAGGAAAGGUGGAAUUUGUCCCUCCUGUCCCAAAGUUUACCAGGUACUGAGUUUAUUGGACAUUUCCCUUCAGGUGUGUUCUUAUGAAGGAAGGAAAUAACCUUGUAGGACCUGUGUCCAUGAAGUUGUUCUCUGAUCCCAGGUCUGGCUGAGUGUAAGUGACUUGGUUGAUGAGCAGUGAAGAAAGUCAGUGUAAGUAUUUUUAUGCAUCAAAACGUAGUAUUUUUUAUUUUACUUGUCUUAAAUCUUGGUUUGUCUGUCCCAAUUAUUCCACCUAAAGUGGUAUCUGUUACAGAGUUUGUAAUCUUUCAAAGGUAGUAAAAAUAGUGGUGGUAUUCACUUAUCUGGUUAUUUCACCUGUUAGGGAAAUAAUUAAACCGUAAUCUGAAAACCCAGAAAACCUCCAUAAAAGUAGAAGAGAAAGAAAAACAAUUUUAUUAUUGAGUAGCAAUUAAACCAGAAUGGGAUGAGCAUUGCAGGCAGUCCCCUAAAGAGACUGCCGAGAAGGGGAGAAAGCUCACCCUUUUCUGUAGCCAGGUAGAUACAACCUACCAUACAUAUGUUCUCAAGGUAAAUUAUCAUUUGUCACACAUAGCCCAUACUAAAUUUACCUGGUGAGUGGGGUGGUCAUCUGUGUUAGCUAAUUGCCUUUAUCCAAAGAAAAAAACAAACCUUUCAUAUCUUUAUGACGGGAGGUAGUUUUACCACUUGGAGCCUGGUGCCAAAGCCGUGUUGAUUAGACUCCUGCCGUCCCAGAGACUAGGAGAUGGCUGACCUUCCUGGAGGAUUUCAAAGAGAUGGCUUCCAGGUCCUUAAGAAAGACAUUUUUGGGUUGUUAAACUGGACAAGGCUUAUUUAGCUUUAAAAAGAGUAACAUAUUUCAAAGGGGCAGAGAAGGAGGUUACAGUUACAGGUUUUCUUAAGUAAAUGCUCUUUGAAUAGGGGUUGGGAAGUCCCCCUUUUGUGCAUGAGGGAGAAUUAGUUUUUUUAAAUUUAUUUUUAGUUUACAUUUGCCGUCAUAGGACUCUGAGCUCUAUUCCCCUAGAGGUGUUAGCUUCUCUCGGUACAAGCUCUGGUAAUUUGCAGCAGGGAAGGGCUGAGGCCAGGCCUCUGAAGAGAGGGAAAGGAACCUGUAGAACCACUGGACAGCGGAGUCCCACCACCUCUCCAAGCAGCUCUUCAGGCCAGGUGUCAGGGACCCUUAGAAGCCCUGGUGGAGCAUUUUCCCUGGGGAAUGGAGGGGGAGGUAAGAAAUAAGUUAACUCCCAAAGGCAGCUGGGCAUUGCUUGCCAUUUGCAUGAUUCCUUAAUUCAGCAGGAGGUUGAUACUCCUCGAUUAUCCCUGGAAACCUGUGUCCGGGGCUGUUUGUGCUGGUUUCUGAGGGAACAGGUGGGCAGUAUCUGCCCCAGUGGGAGCCCAGAAAGCAGCAACAUUACAGGUUUCCUUAGGCCUCUUGCUGCCUUCUGCUCUAGGCUGUCACACAUGCGAUGUAUGUCAGCUUCACCAUAGCCUGUCUUCCCCAUGGUCUCUCUUCUUGUUGCUGUUUCUGUUGGUUCCUCUGAUCCGUGCUCUUCUAUUGCUCCAGGGCUGAAUUUGAAAUAGAGAACCAGCAUCUUAGGCUACUUCACCAUCUUGAUCUAAAAGCCAGUUCUAUUUACCAUCCUGCCCAGAAAUGAGUUGCAUUUACUAUGCAAGUAAUUUGAUUUAAGUGCCCCCUGGAAAUGUUGCUGCAGAAUGAGUGAGCCAAGAUUGUAUGUUCAGACUUUGCUGAGGUCUCUGCUGAGCAUUCUGGGGGGCAGCUCUGGGUGUGUUUGGUUGAACAGAUGAGUGGCUUCAGUCUGGCAUUUCCAGGUGGGAGCCAGGGCUGCUAAGGGCAGUGUAAGCCUCAGCUGAGAUCUACUGGUGACUUAGAUUUAAUCCUGCUUCUGAUUGGAGUGCAGUAAACAACUGGUCUGAGAUCCCAGUAAGAGAGAACCAAGAUUUAGGUUCCCAAAUUAAUUACACCAUCUAAAAUAAAAUUCCCACUGCAUCUCCAGGCCAUGGCUCUCAGAUACAAGAUGGCUCAGGUGAGGUAAGGAAGGCAACGCCUCAGGACUGAAGUACAGUUUACAGCUCUUGACCAGAGGCUGUUCCCAGAGCGUCAGGACAGAGAGAAAGCCCAGAGCAGCAGAAUUCCCAAAAGCAACAGAAAAUGAUCACGUCACAGAUAUCUUUUGAGGAUGUGGCUGUGGAUUUCACUUUGGAGGAGUGGCGGCUACUAAAUCCUACCCAAAAGAACUUGUACAGAGAUGUGAUGUUGGAGAACUAUAGCAAUCUGGUAUUCUUGGGUUAUCAAAUUAUCAAACCUGAUGGAGUUUUCAAGCUGGAGCAAGAAGAGACCUGGAAAAUAAAUGAAAUCCUAAAUCACAACUUCUCAGGAGCACUCUGGCUAGAUGAUAAUCUCAAAAUGUGGUACUACAAUAAUCAAGAUAAGCUUAAAAGUAUGGAGAGAGGCCAUCAAUAUGAUGUUUUGGGGAAAGUAUUUCAUUCAAGCAUUGACUUUGUUCAUUUAGGAAUGAGACUCCAUAAAUGUGGCACAAGCGAAGAAAGUUUGAAUCAUGCUUUUGAUUUUCUUGUUCCAGAAAAUAACUGUGGAAGAAAAAAACUUGAGCUCAAUAAGAAAUUGUUGUUCUGUAUCAAAACUGACAGAACCCAUGGUGAAAUAAAAUACUGUGAUUGCAGUAAAUGUAGAAAGUCCAGCAAUAAAGAGUCAUGGCUCCUUACAAACCAUAGAAAACACAGAGGAGUCUACUUAUGCAUGGGAUGUGGUAAAGUUUUUAACAAGAAGUCACAGCUUAUUAUACAUCAGAGAACUCAUACAGGAGAGAAGCCUUAUGGGUGUAGCGAAUGUGGGAAAACCUUCUCACAGAAGUCUUUGCUCACUAUUCAUCAAAGGACACAUUCAGGAGAAAAACCAUAUGGAUGUGGUGAAUGUCCGAAAGCUUUCAGUAGGAAGUCACUGCUCAUUUUACAUCAGAGAACUCAUACAGGAGAAAAGCCCUUUGGAUGCAGUGAAUGUGGAAAAGCCUUCAGCAGGAAGUCACAGCUUAAAAGACAUCAGGUAACCCAUACAAUAGAGAAACCCUAUGGUUGCAGUGACUGUGGAAAGUCUUUCUCCCAGAAAUUAAAGCUCAUUACACAUCAGAGAACACAUACAGGAGAGAAACCCUAUAAAUGUAGUGACUGUGGAAAAGCCUUCUUUUGGAGGUCACAGCUCAUUACUCAUCAGCGGACUCAUACAGGGAAGAAACCUUAUGCAUGUAGCGAGUGUAAAAGAGCCUUCAGCAGGAACUCACUCCUCAUUAGGCAUCAGAGGAUUCACACAGGAGAGAAACCGUAUGAAUGCAGUGAAUGUGGUGAAGCCUUCAUCAGAAAACCACAACUUAUUAGACAUCAAAUAACUCAUACAGGAGAGAAGAACUAUCAGUGCAAUGAUUGUAAUGAAGCAUUCUUUAAGAAGUCAGAGUUAAUCAGACAUCAGAAACUUCAUUUAGGAGAGAAGCCCUAUGGAUGUGUUGAAUGUGGAAAGACCUUCUUUGGGAAGUCACAGCUCCUCACACAUCAGCGAACACACACCGGAGAGAAACCUUUUGAAUGCAGUGAAUGUGGGAAAGCCUUCACCCAGAAGUCAAGCCUGAUAUCCCAUCAGAGAACUCAUACAGGCGAGAAACCCUAUGAAUGCAGUGAAUGUGGGAAAACCUUCAGUGAGAAAUCAAGUCUCAUUCAUCAUCAGAGAACCCAUACUGGAGAAAAACCCUUUGAAUGUAGUGAAUGUAGAAAAGCUUUUGCGUGGAAGCCACAGCUUCUUAGGCAUCAGAGAAUUCAUACAGGGGAGAAACCCUAUGCGUGCAAUGAAUGUGAGAAAGCCUUUGUUCAGAAAGUGCAGCUCGUUAAGCAUCAGAGAAAUCAUACAGGAGAGAAAACCUAUGGAUGCAGUGAUUGUGCAAAAGCUUUCUUUGAGAAGGCACAGCUGAUUAUACAUCAGAGAAUUCAUACAGGAGAGAGACCCUAUAAAUGUGAAAAACAAAAUCAAAGAGAAUUUUCAUCUGUAGACCUGGCCUUCAGAAGUUUUGGGGCAGCAGGAAAAAAACACUAAGUGGAAAUUUGGAUCUGCAAGAUGAAAGGAAGACUUCUAGAAAUGGUGACUAUAUGGGUAAAUAUAAAUUUUUCUCAUUUUAAAAUCUUUUUAAAAGUAAUAGCCCUGCUUACAGCCAAAGCAAUGACAAUGUGUUUUAGGUUAUGAUCUAUUUAGAAGUAAAGUGUAUGACGACAAUAGUGUGUAAGUAUGAAUCUAAAAAUAGUUGAAUAGACUGUGUUAUCUGAGUCAAACCUGUUUCCUUGGGGAUCAGGAUGACUUACAUUUGUAACAGCUGCACAGUAGGAGUUGCACAUGUGGAUCUGUGUGCUGGCUGUUCUCUACAUCUCCGUACCUAUUUUCCUCCUUUCUCUGCUGUGCAUUCCUGGGGCUGUCCAGGGAUUAUCCUCCAGGGACUGCUAGGGUUUCUGCUUAGUGUGAACGUGGGAGGUCCUUGUGUGAGAUGAGUGGAUGGGAGGAGAGAGGCUGGAGUAUUUACUUGUCUCUCCUGCUGGGCUUUGGUUUGAAGUGUCUUUCCCUGUGUCUCUGCAGCGACUGGGGAGCAGCCCCAACUUUAUCUUUUGACAUCCCUCUCCUUGCUCUUCAGACUUAAGGGUGAUCGCUGCUGCUGGCUGCUUCACCUGAUUAGUUUCCUUAAUUUGGACCACAUAUCUGUAAAUAGUCCCUUUAUCAAAUGUUCUUGAGCUAAUAUUUUGAAUGUGCCAUAUGCUAAGUGAUGAGCAUCAUUUACUGGAACUUGUGUCUCAUGGAGCAUAGACGGACCUCUAUUACAAUUUCACAUUAAACAUCAAUAUUUUCUUUUUGUGUUUUAACAACUCAGUAGAAAUUACAACAAAUAUCAAAGUUUUUGUGUGUGUGUUUUUGUUUUGCUACAAAUGUAAAUGCUCAGGAGGCUGUUGCCGUCUGCUACAUAUGCAAGUGGUCUUGCAGCCAUUACUCACCCUUCUUCAGUAACAACACCAAAACAUUUAUGAAGUCUCAUGCUACCUCUGGGUUAGCCAAACAACUUACAAGAAAGCAUUGUUAUUAUGUUAAUUAUGUGGGCAAGAAAAAAACAAUAACCCAUUAUUGAAUGAAGAAAGAAAUGAAUGAUCGAUACUUCCCAGUACUCUCGUUCUUAAAAAUUGUGCUGUGUAAUUAAAACAUCCUCAUUCAUGUUCUGCUGGUUUUGUGUAUAAUUCAUGUAAUCUGUAACCACAGACAAGAUUUCUCACCUCUGUAGUCACAAUUAGUAUAGAGAACCUCUUCAAAGGCACCACACCAGUUUCCACCACAAACUAUGCCAAAAGAGAACCAACUUUUCUAGGAUCAAACCAGAGUUGCUGCACUCAUAAUCUCACGAAGCAUAGUAAGUGUAGUCUAUGCUAAUAAGCUUGUGUGUCACUCUGUCCUGACUUUAAGGAAUUAGCUAGCAAGUAAAGUAAGUAUUUUGAGACUUGGGCAUAAUUGGAAUAUGCACAGUGACAGUUCCCUGUAAUAGUUUCCCUAGCAGCGGUGUGAUCUAUAUGUGAAAAUAAUGUCGUUUCCAUUGUCAGGAUUCUCCCUGCCCCCUUUUCUUCCACAUAGUGAAGGGAAAGGCCAUUCUCAGGCGUAAGCAAGUUCCACAGAUUUAUCCUAUUACAUAUGUUUGUAUGAAGCAGAGUGCAUCAAGUGAUGAUGUUUGAGAUCUGGGACCAGCCAUGCUUCCUGUACGAGAAUGGGGUAAAUAGCUAAAAACAAAGGUCAGGCUGAUGUUCCUUUGGUGAGGCACAGCCUCUGUUUGCUGAUGACAUUUGCUCCCACUGACAGUGCGUCUACGGGUCAGGGGGCUGCAUCAGCUCAGACCUAUUGCUGACACUUGCCUCUGUGCUGUAUUUGAAAAGAAAACCUCUGUGCCCAUAUGUUUACUGAGUAAACUGUUUGAUGAAUUGAAA